AUGUCAGAGCAUUCACACUUGAUGGAUGAGAAUGUAGUGUAAUCAUAAAUAAAUUUCAAAUACAAAACGAAAUUGAAUGGAAUAUCAGAACCAUAUGAAUUCUAUUGUUUUACCUGCAACUAACCAAGAAUAUCAAGAAUAGAGUAUACAUAUAGCAAAGCAACAUUUAUAUGGUGUUGUAUAUUAUGCUUUUGCACAAUCAUCUUGGGUCUAUUGCCAUUUUGCAUGUAGAAAUGUUCUUCGAAAACGCAUUAUUGUCCUGUUUGUGACAAGAUAGUUGGUCACACAGAUGGGGAACUUUGUUGA